ACGUGCAACUGACUGUUCAAGAAAGAAAUCCAAACAGGCUAGGUUUACUGAACAAUUUUGCCCAUGCGAUAAUGGUCUUCUUCUUUCUCAUGCGUAAAUAUUUUGUAAGGUGAGUAGAAUACCAUGACAUAUUUGGGAAGCAAUGUCAUUUCUGGUGAUGAAAUCGCUAGUGCUGGCUAACGUAGCCUAAUUUAUGCAGAAUGCGCAUCCAUUGCGGAUAUGGUGCAGAAUAAAUGCGCAGUGCGCUAAGUGUUUAUUAGGUGGAAUAAGAUCCGUCCUCAAUCUAAUGUCACCAUUACUGUAGUCCUACAUUGUGUACUCAGGUAAAAGUCUUUUUUUUCUGUAGACCAGUAGCCUUUUUGUGUGGAAGGUGUUCAGCCGCUUUGCGAAUGAAAGCUGGGUUGUCCUAGUCUGUUUGGAACCGUUCCUGACUCUACGUUUCAGCUGGUUCUCUGGGUAAAUGUGUGUAUUGACGUUCUGUUUAGUUUAAACGGCCCUGGUAAGAGUGAGUGACAUCUCGGCAUAGGCUCUAGAAGGCAGCAGAGUAAAGUGAACAACUUACUUGACUUCAGUUAUUGUUAAAGAGUUUACCCCUGGCUGUCUUGUCAAUCAGAACAGCCUUGUUAAACACCUCCUCGCUUCUUAGCCUGCAUACUUAUGUAAACAUUUUCCAUACACACAUUUUCAAAGUCUAAUGGCGUCUGUAUGUUAUUGACUGACUGUCAAGAUAACUAACUGUCAACAGUGUAGGUGAGUGAAUGGCGCUGCCCCUGCCAACUUGGUUAGUGUGUCUGCGAACCAGGCCUGAUUUAUGACUGAGUACUAUGAGGAGGGGGGCCUGCUAUACGAGCACUCGCCUCCUAAGCACAUCAAGGAGGAGUCUCCGGAGGGGCCGUGCGGAGGGGGCAUCUCGGAGGACGGCUUCCCACGAGAGGAUGAGGACUCUGAGGGGAGCUGCGACAAUAAUGGAAGCCUGCCGGAUGGGCUUCCUUUCAAUGUUGUGGUGGUGCACCCCAACGUGGUGCCACCCGGCCUGGCGUCAGACGACCUGUUUUACACUGAACAAAACAGAGGAGUGUCCUCGUCACUGGCAGCUGGAGGAGGCGGCAAGCGGAAGAGCCGUUUCAGCGGAGCCGAGCUAGAGGUGCUGGUGUCAGAGGUCACGCGCUGCGAAGGUGAGCUCUUCGGCCCUGCCGGAAGGCUGCGGCGCCGCGAGAGGGAGCGCAUCUGGGCCGGGAUCCUGGAGAGGGUCAACGCCGUCUCCAGGGUGCCGCGGACGCUGCGCGAGGUGAAGAAACGAUGGGACGACCUGAAGAGGCGGAACGGCGGGAGGCUGGCCGACGCCAGGUACCGCAGCUGCUACGUGCCCUCCAGCCGGGGGUCGUCAUCCGUCCUCGGGAGGUCGUCCACCCAGGCGAGCCCCAGGCUUCAGAAACAGAGCAGCCGAGGGAAGAGCAGUUCCAUGAGUUUCUCAGAUACCGAUGCAGUUGGAGGCGAAGGGUCUGAACGAGACGGCUUUGAGAAAGAUGACGACACGGUUGACCACGACCGGGAGGACGUGGACGGGGAGUGCGGUGACGGUGGGGAGAACAGCAUGGACGACAAACUCGGCCUGGGCCUUGGUUUGGGAAUUGUGCCUCCGCCAACCUCGGAGCGCUGGCUACCUCCGUCCCCUCUGUACAGCGCUCCGUUCCUCAACGGCACGCCGCAGCCCAGCCCUCAGCCCUCUCUGGGGGGCCACCAGGGUCUUCUGGAGGCCCCAGCACCUCGCGUCUCCUGGCUGGAGGACGAGCUGCGGGGCCUGGGCGAGGCGGCGGUGCGGCUCGGGGACCGCGUGGAGCAUAGCCUGCGGGAGUUCGGGGAGGGCUUCCGACACGACAUGCGGACCCUGGUGGCCUCCCAGGAGGCCCUGUCAGUCAGCCUGCAGCAGAACAACCUCCUCCUGCAGAGGCUGCUAGGAUUGUUGGAGAGCCAGCAGCAGCAAGCCCAGCAAGCCCAGCCCCAUCACCCCCAGCCUCAUCCACAUCCACAUCCCCAUCAGCACUCUCAGCAGCAUCCACAGGUGCCACAGCAACCACAACCACAACCACAACCACAGCAGCUGCAACACCUGCCCAUACAGCAAAACCAGGCCCUGCAGCAGCCCACUCAACAGGAGGAACUUCAGGGUCCAGCUGCUGUAAGCUCUGAUGAUCAGCCGCAGCCGCCACCGCCGCCCUCCCCCUUGUCAUCCGAGCCACCACCCCCCAAUGUCUUGGAUGGUACGGCCCGUCCAGAUGCGCCUGCAGCUAUGAACGGCAUGUCCCAACGUUCGCGGCGGGGCCGGACAGUUGAACAACGCCGUAGACGGCGACGCUGAAAAAUGCUUGAUUAUAACAGAAAUUUAGAAUGCUUUGAUGAAUGUUCAACUAUUUAUUUUUGUUUUCAGGUUUUUGUUUGUUAUGGAGGGAAAAUAUUUUCUCUUCUUGCUGUCUUAAAGUGAUAGAAUUUACCUAUGCUAUAAUAUGUAUCAAUUAUUUAUAUUUUUUGGUUGAGAGUAAUUGAUUCACAAACUCCAUACUUGCAAAUGCAUUAAUCCUCUGACUUGUUGGGAGUUCAGUAACGAGUUAUAGAUGAAACCAUAUGGGUCGACAAUCAUCAUUAGAAUUACCUUAAGCACUUUUAAACGCCUUCCACAUGUAGUCAGGCCUCUUGGAAGUGGGAAUGUUAUUGAUGGGAGGUUUAGAUUUGGAGGUUUCCAAAUUGCCAUUCCAGUUAGUUAGGGAAAGCCAGAGGUUCUGUGAAUCUCUUCUAUAUUUUGGCAUAUAUACUCGUAUAAAGGGUUGUAACUGUUCCUCUGAUGGAAUUUUAUGGCGGAGUCAUUAUUGCAAAAUGAAUAGAACUUAAAAUGUGUUGCAUUUUGUGAGGACAAAUGAAAAAACUUUUUUCAUGUAAGUGAAAAAGUUCAUUGUGCUCCUUAAUAAGCAUGCCCGAAGAUCUUAUUCCAGAAAAGCACUUUUAUCCUAUCAUCCAUUCCACAUGAUUGUGGUUCUGAAACAAAGCGUAUACUGUAUGUCAGCUACUGAAAUGCGUUGUAAUUCUGCAUGCAGUUUCUGGUUUGUAUAAGCAAACUAGUGUAAGGCCUUUGCGAAGAGGAAAAAUGUUACUAUUUUGCACAAUUUGUAUCUGAGGGGUAUAUAUUCUGGCAAUACCUGUAUAUUACAUUGUAUCCGAAUAUCCUACUUAUUUGAAUGUAAAAUAAAGGCAAUGCUUA